GGGCGUAGCGAUUGGCGCCAUAUUGAAAAUUAAGAAAUACAGUAUAAUAAAUACAUAUUUACCGUGUCAGUAGGAAUGUUAUUAAUUUAUUGAAAUAUUUAUUUAAAACAGGAUUAAUUCAAUGUUUAGAAUUAAAGUUGGAAAUAGAACGUAUCAGAAGCUGAGAAAAAUAUAUUUUCGAUAUGAACGUUUUUAUUGUAAAGUUGAUAACAGUGAAGAUAAAAAGAAUCCGCGAUUUAAUCCAUUGAAUAUUCAAAUGCUAUCUCCUUCUCUCCAUUCACAAAUAUUCAAAAAUUCACCACAAAUCAAACAAGAAAGUAUUAAAAAGAGCGUCGAUCAUCUGAAACACCAUCAACUAUGGGGAAAGGAAACAUCCGUUCUUCCAGAUAUAGAAUGGAAACUGCCUAAAUUAUUUGGAAACAAUAUUGAUGAACAUUUUCAAUAUCUUGGGAAUAGAUUUUCAUCUGAAUAUAGGAAACUUCUAGAAAUUCUAAUACAUGCUGAGCUUCCAGAAAAACCCCAAAAAUGGGAAUUUAUAAAAGGAUGGGUCAGAUAUUCAAAUGGCAAAGUAGAAUCUGUUGAUUAUCCUCUGGAAUCAGCUCUUGUAUUUGAUGUUGAAAUUUGUUUGAAAGAUGCACCAUAUCCAACAUUAGCAACUGCAGUUUCGAAUGAAGCUUGGUAUUGUUGGUGUAGUGAAAGACUUGUUAAUGAGCAGUUUUCUUGGUCAAAAGGCAUUACUUUGGCUGAUCUCAUACCAUUAGAAAUACAAGGAAAUGUUAAAGCAUCAGGAAAAAAAGAUUGGUCAGAAAAAAUAGUAAUUGGUCAUAAUGUAAUGUUUGAUCGAGCUUUUGUAAAAGAGCAAUAUUUCGUUCAGGGUACAAAAUUAAGAUUUUUAGAUACAUUAUCACUGCAUAUGUGUGUUUCUGGAUUAACAUCUACUCAGAGAGCUAUGUCAAUGGCUUACAAAUCUAAGAAAAAAGAUAAUUCAGAAAAUGAUUUAUCUCCUUUGAUGUGGUUAGAUAUCAGUUCAUUAAAUAAUUUGGCUGAUGUCUAUUCUUUAUAUAAUGAAGGAGAGCAAAUUAAUAAAGAUCCUAAAGAUAUUUUCAUUACUGGCACUUUGAAUGAUAUCAGAGAAAAUUUUCAGGAAUUAGUUUCAUAUUGUGCAAAUGAUGUUUUUGCUACCCAUAAAAUUUUGCAGAAGUUGCUUCCUAUAUUUUAUUCAAGAUUUCCUCAUCCAGUAACUUUGGCAGCAAUGUUAGAAAUGUCAACAGCAUAUCUUCCUGUUAAUUAUAAUUGGAUUAGAUAUAUUGAAGAUUCUCAAACAACAUAUAAUAAUUUACAACAUGAAUUAAAACUUUCUUUAAUUCAUUUAGCUGAUGACAAUUGUGAUUUAUUAAAUAAUCAAAGAUAUAAAAAAGAUCCAUGGAUGUGGGACUUGGAUUGGUCUGUUCAAGAAUUAAAAUUUCGUAAAACAAUAUCAAAGAAAAAAAAUCAAAAAUCUUUAAAAAGUCAAAGUGAUAAUUCUAUAAAUGAGGUAAGUGAUGAUGAAUUGUUAUUAGUUGAAAAAGUUCAAGAUAUUCUUCAAACUGCUAAUUACUUACCAAAAAUAAGACCAUUUCUUCCUGGUUAUCCUUUGUGGUACAGAGAAUUAUGUGAAAAACCUAAAAAAAAUGGAAAACAUGAUGAAUGGAUAUUUGGUCCUGUUCUGAUUAGCACUCAAAUAAGAUCAGUUCCAAAAUUACUGCGUUUAAUCUGGGACAAUUUUCCUUUACAUUAUGAUAAAAAGCAUGGCUGGGGCUAUUUGGUUCCAAAUUGGUGUGGUCCAGAAGAAAUUUAUUCUGAAAAUCAGGAUAAUAUAUUUCCUAUAAAAGAACUUUUAAAAAAAAUUGUUUUUAAAGCUGUUCAGUUACCAAAUGUUGAACACAUAACUUCAGCAGAAUUUGAAAAUAUUUGGAAAAAGGUGGUAGAACCAAAAGAAUCGCACAAAGAAAGAGAAUUACAAUGGAGUCUUAUACUAGGCAAAGAUUCAACUAAAAAUCUUCUUUUUCAUCACGGGAAUGGACCUUUUGAUGAUGUUUGUAUUCAAGGAUGCCAGUUUUUUCGUUUACCACACAAGGAUGGUCCUCAUAAACGAGUUGGUAAUCCAUUGUCAAAAGAUUUUCUAAUUAAGAUAUCUGAUGGUACCCUUCAAGUUUAUGAUAGUGGAUAUGCUGAAAAAGCAUUAAAAUUUAGUAAGAUGAUAUCUUAUUGGAAAAAUUCUCAUAAAAGAAUAGAGUCCCAAAUGAUUGUUAGUUUAAAUAAAAAUGAAUUACCUCGAGCAAUAACAAGAAAUGAAAAAUAUGAAGAAGAAAGUAUGUAUGGAGCAAUUUUGCCUCGCCUUAUAAUAGCAGGAACUGUAACACGUAGAGCUGUAGAACCCACAUGGUUAACUGCUAGUAAUGCCUAUCUAGAUCGAGUUGGGAGCGAAUUAAAAUCAAUGAUUCAGUCACCUCCAGGAUAUCAUUUUGUUGGUGCUGAUGUGGAUUCACAAGAAUUAUGGAUUGCAUCACUUUUAGGCGAUUCGCAUUUUACUGGAAUUCAUGGCUGUACAGCAUUUGGCUGGAUGACACUUCAAGGAAAGAAGAGUAAUGCUACUGACAUGCAUAGUAAAACAGCCUUAUCUGUUGGAAUUACCAGAGAACAAGCUAAGAUAAUUAAUUAUGGUCGGAUUUAUGGUGCUGGUCAACCAUUUGCCCAGCAGUUAUUAAUGCAAUUCAAUCAUCAUCUAACACCAGAAGAUGCUAAACAGAAAGCUAAAAAAAUGUAUACAGAAACUAAAGGAAUUAGAAAACUAGUUAAUGAGUUUGAAGAUGAUAAUGAUGAACAAGAUACAAUUUUAACAAAUAAAUUUAAAAAAAGAAAGUGGAUAGGUGGAAGUGAAUCACAUAUGUUUAACAAAUUAGAAGAAAUUGCACAAUCUUCAGAACCUCGAACACCAGUGCUUGGUUGUCGAAUCAGUAAAGCCUUAGAACCUGAAACUGUGGAUAAAAACUUCAUGACAAGUCGUAUAAAUUGGGUUGUGCAAAGUUCUGCAGUUGAUUAUCUUCACUUAAUGCUUGUGUGCAUGAAAUGGUUAAUAGAAGAGUAUGGAAUAAAUGGAAGAUUUUCUAUAAGUAUUCAUGAUGAAGUACGCUAUCUUAUUCAAAGUGAAGAUCGCUAUCGGGCAGCUCUUGCAUUGCAGAUAACAAAUUUACUUACUAGAGCAAUGUUUGCACAUAAAGUUGGAAUGAAUGAUUUACCUCAGUCAAUUGCCUUCUUCAGUUCUGUGGACAUUGAUACAGUUAUUAGAAAAGAAGUGGAUAUGGAUUGCAAAACACCAUCAAAUCCUCAUGGAUUAGAAAGAGGAUAUGGAAUACCACCAGGUGAAUCUUUAGAUAUUUAUAAUAUUAUCAAGAAAACAAAUGGCUCUUUGAAGAAUUAAUUCAAGAAAGAUGCUUUUGUAUUUUGAUAAAGAGAAUAUAACAUAUUCAUGUACAAAGGUUUUAUUAAAAUUAUUUAUA